CUUCAAGUAAUCUUUAAAGUCACCCCCCUUUGUUCUCAGUCUCUAUGCAUUAGGGUUUGCCGAUUGCAUUUUCCCUAAAUUUCAACUUCUUUUCGCCUCUUGUUUUUAUUUAAUUUAGUUUUAAUGUAUUCGUCCAGAGGGACGAAUGCCUACGGGCAGCAGUCCUACGUUGGCCAAUCCGGAUACUCUCAAAAUUUGGGUGCUGUUGGUUAUUCUGGUAGUUCUGUUGGAGGACCUAACGGCGGAGCUCAAAUGCCAUUGUCUUCUCGGCAUUCAUCAAUUUUAGGCAGUUCUCAAGAUGCAGAAGUUGGUGGAUACAGAGCCCAUACCUCAGUUUCAGCUCAUUAUGGGGGUCAGUAUAGCUCUAUAUAUGGCACGGCUGCUUUAAGUGCUACUCAGCAGGUUCCUGCUGCAAGUUCCAAAGGGCGUGGAGCAUCAGCUUUGGAAGAUCGUAAUGCUUAUGCCUCAACUCUGCCAGAUUCACCAAAAUUUGCAUCGACUGAUUAUAUUUCAUCAUCAAGUCAUGGUUAUAAUCACAAAGGUGAUCAAAUGUAUGCCGAUAAGAUUCCUGACUAUCCUACUGUGGAGAGAAGACAAUUUGGAGAACGACAGGGCGGUUAUCUGGGGAGGGAUUUGCCUAAUGAGCCAACUGGAAGAUAUUCUGAUUCUAUUUUUGGUCAUCAGCAUCAGCCUGACAUAUAUGAUCGUCUUGAUCAAGCUGUCUUACUUCGACAAGAGCAAUUGCUCAAAUCUCAAUCAGUCUCUAAUGAUAGUUGUUCGAGACAAGCUGAUUAUCUUGCAGCAAGGAGUGCUGCUACUCGUCAUUCCACCCAAGAUCUUUUGUCUUAUGGGGGAAGAUUAGAUGCUGAUCCUCGCAUUUCAUCAUUGCUGAGCUCUUCUUCUUAUGGUGGACAAACCCCUUCGAUAUUAGGGGCAGCUCCAAAAAAUGUUGAUGAUCUCAUGUAUCCGCCUAGCUCUGCAAAUCCUGGUUAUGGUGUGAGCUUACCACCUGGUAGAGAUUAUGGAACAAAAGGGCUUCAUGUCACAACCCUCGAGUCUGAAUAUCCUGGUAGUACAUUAUCACGCAAGGACGACAGGGCUGGUUACCUUAGGGAAUUUGAGAUGAGAGAGGAGGAACGUCGUCAUCAUUUGCGUGAAAGAGAGAAAGACAGGGAGAGGGAACGGGAACGGGAGCGUGAACGACUACGAGAACGAGAACGUUUGCGCAUCUUGGAGCGACGGGAGAAGGAAAGAGAGCGGGAGAAGGAGAAACGAGAGCACAAGCGUGCACUUGACAUUACGCGUGAAAGAACUCCGGCGAGAGUUUCUAGGGAUCACCGUGGUCCAUCUUUGACAAAAGAGGCCCGACCUUUGAGGCGAGAAUCCCCGCGUCGUGAAGUUUCACAUAGGCGUCUUUCACCUGUUAAGAAAAAAGGAGAGAUUAUUUUGCAGGUAUAUUCGUCCAACUUGACAGAUGUAGAGAGAGGCUAUUUAUCAAUUGAUAAACGAUGUCCAAGACUUUUUGUGUGUCCUGAAUUUUCAAAGGUUGUUAUAAACUGGCCAAAGGAGAAUCUUAAGCUCUCCAUGCAUACUCAUGUCAGCUUUGAGCAUGAUUUCAUUGAAGAUAGUUUAGCUGAAUCAAAAGAACAUUCCAGCAAGCUUGUGCCUGCUGAACUGGAAAAGCCUGAACAGGGAAGCACAAUGUGGAAUGCGAAGAUGAUUUUGAUGAGUGGAUUAAGCAGGAGUGCUUUAGAAGAGCUGUCAUCUGAAAAAGUCCCUGAUGACCGCAUACCUCAUAUUUGCAAUAUUCUAAGGUUUGCUGUUCUUAAAAAGGACCAUUCUUUCAUGGCAAUUGGUGGGCCUUGUGUUUAUGCUGAUGGCAGCAAUCCUGCUGGUGAUGAGUUCUCUCUAAUUCAAACGGCCCUUAGGUAUGCAAAGGAAGUUGUUAAUCUUGAUUUGAAGAAAUGUCAGAAUUGGAAUCCUUUCCUUGAGAUACAUUAUGACAGAAUUGGCAAGGAUGGGCUGUUUAGCCAUAAAGAGGUCACGGUACUCUUUGUUCCAGAUUUAUCUGAAUGCCGCCCUUCACUUGAUACAUGGCGAGCCCAAUUGUUAGCUCACAGAAAAGCUGUUUCCGAGAGGGAGCGCCAGCUGUGUUUGAAAAGAGAGAAAUCAAAGGAGAGGAAGGAAGGAUCAAAAGACAAGGAAGCAGAUUCUACAAAACAAACUGAAAAAGGAAAAUCUGGGAAAAAAAUUCAGUCUGUGUCGUCUAGUUAUGGAGUUGUCGCUAACAAAAAGGAGAAAGAUGGAAAAUCUAUUGAAGGAGGUGCAACUGAAGGGAAGGUUACUGGGGGUGAAAAGAAUGUUCAGGUGAAGGAUGGCAGUGAAAUAACUGUUGAAGGAGGUCCUGAGAAAAAAGAAAGUGGAGAAGCUCCUGCUGCUACUGCUACUGCUACUGCUAAGACAGGUGCUGUAAAGUCUGUGAAGAAAAAGAUUAUAAAGAGGAUUGUCAAACAGAAAGUUGCAACUAAGACAGCUGUGGAAGUAAAUAUUGCUAGCAAACAGAGCAACAGGGUUGAUGAAGAUGUUGGAGAGCAGAACACUAAAUCAGAGACUACCGGUCAACAGGAAGAAUCAUCUGCUGCUAGUGCCGGGGUGAAAACUUUUGUACGGAAAAAAAUUACAAAAAGGAAGCUGCUGUUAAAUGAUCAGAGUGAAGAUAAUGGAGUUCCCCCUGAGGCAAAAGUGGAGGUAGAAACAGGAUGCUCUGAGGAUAAGCCAAAGGAUAAUUCAGAUGUCACUUCUGCAGCUGUAGAGAAUGCCGGUGUGAAAACAACUAUAAAGAAGAAAAUUAUUAAGAGGGUGCCUAAAAGAAAGGUUCCUCCUACACAAGCUAAGGGUGAAGUAGCUGAAAUUAAGAAUGAAGGUGGUGAGGGACAAAAGGUGGUUCAGGGUGGUGGCGAGACCUCAAAUUCAGAAAAACUAAGUAUUGAUAUAAGUUCAAGUAAAUCAGAAAUCAAGGCUGACAAGGAGAAUAAAAAGGGAAAGUUAACUAAUGCGGAGUCUCCGAGUGACAAGAAAAAGGUUAACACGAAGGAUACUUGUGAUGUCAAGGGGGGGCAAUUGAAGGAGGGGGGAAAGCCAAAAGAUGACAAAGAUUUUAAAGAUGAAUCCCAGAGUAAUUCUAACAAAGAAUCAAAAAGGAGGAAGCCUGAAGAACCUUCUCUGAAGAAUCCUGGAUUGAUUCUACAAACAAAGUGGAGCAAGGAUUCUAAAUUGCGACCAGUGUCCCUGUCACUGGAUUCACUUUUGGAUUAUACUGAUAAGGACAUUGAAGAAUCGACAUUUGAGCUUUCAUUAUUUGCCGAGGUGAUGUAUGAAAUGCUUCAGUAUCAAAUGGGUUGCCGUAUUUUAACAUUUCUCCAGAAACUGCGACUGAGAUUUAUGAGCAAAAGAAAUCAGCGCAAGAGACAACGGGAAGAAAUCCAUGAUAAGGAAACCAAGAAAAAGUCUCCAAUGAAAAAAUCAAAAAGCAGUGAGCUCCCUGUGAAGAAAAAUGAAUCUGCUAAGGCAGACGCAUUAAGUUCAGCUCACGAGAACUUUGAAAUGACUGUGACCAAGGAAGAUAUUACUGCUGAUCAUGUUGAGGAGCCAAGGAAGACAGCGGCAGAAAAUAGUGCUGAUCAUGUUGAGGAGCCAAACAUAAAAGAUGAAGUAGAUGAAGAUUCAGAGGAAGAUCCUGAAGAAUAUGAAGAAAUGGAUGAUGCAAAUCCACAACCCAAUUCCUCUAAUGAGAAAAAUGAAGAGAAGGAACAAACAGAGGCUAAGCCUGACAAGGAGGCUGAGAAGAAUGAAGCUGCAGAAUCCACCAAAUCAGAAAUCGCCACAAAAGCUGCUAGUAUGGAGCCUGAUCCUGAGGGAGAUGUGUCUAGAAAGGAGGAGCAGAAAGUUGAUCCUAAGAAGAAGGUGUAUGUUACAGACAAGGAUUUGUUGCAGGCUUUCAGGUUUUUUGACCGGAAUCGAGUCGGCUAUAUUAGGGUGGAAGACAUGAGAUUGAUUAUUCACAGUUUGGGGAAGUUUCUUUCUCAUAGGGAUGUCAAAGAACUAGUGCAAAGUGCACUUUUAGAGAGCAACACAGGAAGGGAUGACCACAUUCUUUAUGACAAGCUGGUUCGAAUGUCUGACGUAUGAAAUUGUUUUGGGUACGACUGUUAUAUAUAAUCUGCUUUGCAUCUAUUGAUAAACAGCCAUUAAAGAGUGAUUCCUAGGAGCUGAAGUCCGAGUCCCAGAUAUUUGAAUGAAGGGUUUUAACUGGUCA